AUGCCAAGUGGGCCGCGUCUUGGAGCGCGGCCCACUCCCCUGCGCGAUCCAGGGGCCGACAACUUCAACCCAGGCGCAGGUUGGAGCUCGCUGCCCGGACAGCUGCCCGAUCCUUUUCCCUAUCGAGCUGAACUCGACUUGCCUGUCCCGCAGCGGCGUAACUGCUCUCCAACUCCCACCAAAAAGGAGCACCGUGGACCAUCGCGCCUCAAGCCACCUCUGGGCUUCCCGGGACCGAUCCCCGCUCCCGUGUGUGGGAAAGACUGGAGUGUUUGA